AUGGAAUAUCCCGCCGCCCAGCAGCGUCUGCUGCAUACGGGCUCCUUCACGGGCCUUCGCCCCGCAGAAAACCUCCACGCUCUCUUCAAGCCCAAGUCGCAUCCCUUUUGCGCCGACCCCGAAGGCUGGGGUCCUCUCAGCCCGAUUCGCUACGACUUUACUCCUUGCUUCAUUGAUGUUUGGAUUGGCUCCGUCGCUGCUUUUGGCCUCGUCCUCGGUCCGCUUGCCAUCUGGUAUCUCCGCGGAAAGAACGACAACAAGACGCCCAAGGAUGUUGGCUACUGGCUGAAGCAGACUCUUUUCGGAGUUCUGACUGCUUCUGUUCUCGUCCAGCUCCUAUUUCAGGUCAUGCAAUCCAAACACAUCGACUUUCGCUCCGCCACGUCCUUGCUGCUCCUCGCUUCCUUCGUUAUCAUCUUCUACAUCCAGCACAUCGAACACACUAGAAUCCGCCACGCCAACGGCGUCGUACUCUUCUACUGGCUCCUUCUCACCAUUGCGCAGAGUGUAAAGCUCCGCUCGCUCAUUUCUCAGCAGCUCUAUAUCCACGAUGAGCGCUACUUCAUCGCCUACUGUGUCGGCUUCGGUCUCUCGACUGCCGAAUUCCUCGUCGAGUGGUUGUGGCCUCGCUUCGGCACCCCUAGCGACUACCACGCCAUCGCUGAGGAGGACGAGUGCCCUGUCGAAUACGCGACCGUCUUCUCCAAGCUCACCUUUUCUUGGAUGACUCCCAUGAUGCGCUUCGGCUACAAGACCUUUCUCACCCAGGACGACCUCUGGGCUCUGGCCAAGUCUGACAAGACCAGCACAACCGGCCAGGGCUUUAGCGAUGCCUGGGAAUAUGAGUUGAAGAACAGACCCAAGUCUCCAUCUCUCUGGAUUGCACUCUUCCGUGCCUAUGGCGGUCCCUAUGCUGUCGCUGCCGUCUUCAAGAUUGGAAAUGACAUGUCACAGUACAUCCAGCCCCAACUGCUUCGUCUGUUGCUCAGGUGGGUUCAGUCUUACGAGACUGAUUCGCCCCAACCUGUCAUCAAGGGCGCUGCUCUUGCACUGGCCAUGUUUGCCUGUGCCAUCUUCCAGACCACCAUGGUGCACCAGUACUUCCAGCUCGCCUUUGAGACUGGUAUGCGUAUCAAGGGCGGUCUCGGAUCCAGUAUCUAUCGCAAGGCCCUCCGACUUUCGAAUGAGGGUCGCGCUACCAAGUCUACUGGUGACAUUGUUAACUACAUGGCCGUUGACGCACAACGUCUGCAGGACUUGACCCAGUUUGCCCAGCAGGCCUGGUCUGCCCCGUUCCAAAUCAUCAUCUGUAUGGUCUCCCUAUAUAGCUUGGUCGGAUGGUCCAUGCUUGCUGGUAUCGCUGUCAUGAUCAUCAUGAUGCCCAUCCAGGGCUAUGUCGCAAGACUGAUGAAGAAGCUCCAGAAGGAACAGAUGAAGAACAAGGACGCCAGAAGCCGUCUCAUCAACGAAAUCAUUACCAACAUGAAGAGCAUCAAGCUCUACUCCUGGGGCACUGCCUUUAUGAACAAGCUCAACUUUGUGCGAAAUGAGCAGGAGCUCAAGAACCUCCGCAAGAUCGGCGCCACUCAGGCCAUUGCCAACUUUACCUGGAAUACUGCUCCCUUCUUCGUCUCUUGCUCCACCUUCACCAUCUUCGUCCUCACCCAAAACAAGCCUCUGACGACGGACAUUGUCUUCCCGGCUCUCGCUCUCUUCAACCUGCUUUCUUUCCCCCUAGCGGUCCUGCCGAUGGUCAUCACUUCCAUCGUGGAAGCCUCUGUCGCUGUUGGCCGUCUCACCGACUUCUUCAACGCCGAGGAGAUCCAGUCUGAUGCCAUCACAACUGGACCCGCCCCUAGCAAAAUGGGCGAGGAGACUGUCAUCAUUCGCGACGGAACCUUUUCCUGGAAUCGCCACGAGGACAAGAAAGCUCUUAGUGGUAUCAACUACACUGCUUACAAGGGCGAGCUCUCUUGCAUUGUUGGCCGCGUGGGUGCUGGUAAAUCCUCCUUCCUCUCGAGUAUUCUCGGUGACCUCUGGAAAGUUUCAGGCCAUGCAGAAGUCCGCGGCAACGUCGCCUAUGCUUCGCAGCAAACUUGGGUGCUCAACGCCACCGUCAAGGAAAACAUUGUCUUUGGCUACCGCUACGAUUCCGAGUUCUACGAGAAAACUGUCAAGGCUUGUGCUCUUCUUGAUGACUUUGCUCAGCUUCCCGAUGGUGAUGAGACUGUCGUCGGCGAGCGCGGUAUCUCCCUGAGUGGAGGCCAGAAGGCUCGUGUUUCUCUCGCUCGAGCUGUCUACGCUCGUGCUGAUAUUUACCUUCUCGAUGAUGUCCUGUCUGCCGUCGACUCCCAUGUCGGACGACACAUUAUUGACAAUGUUCUUGGCCCCCGCGGCUUGCUCUCUUCCAAGACCCGUAUCCUCGCUACCAACUCGAUCCCUGUCCUGCGCCAGGCAAGCUACAUCACCCUCAUCCGCGAUGGUGAGAUUGCCGAGCGCGGCUCCUACAACGACCUCGUGGCCAAGAAGGGCCUCGUCGCUGAUCUGCUCCGCACUGCGUCUCAGGAAUCCGGCGACGCUUCUGGAUCAUCUACCCCCCCUUCGAGUGAGUCCACCAUUAUCGGCGCCGAGAGCAGCCAGGACAAGGAGGAGCUCGAGGAAGCCCAGGAAAACGUCCCCGAAAUGGCUCCUAUCAAAUCCGCCAAGAUGGGCCUCGCCGUGACGGACAAGGGUCGCUCCAGCAGCAUGGCCACCUUGCGCCGCGCCAGCACAGCUUCGUUCCGUGGUCCUCGCGGCAAGCUUACCGAUGAGGAGGUGACGCCGAGCCGCCGCACUCAGCAGAAGAAGGAGUUUGUCGAGCAGGGCAAGGUCAAGUGGUCCGUCUACGGCGAAUACGCCAAGGAAAACAACUCCAUUGCCGUCUUGGUCUAUCUCACUGCUCUCAUUGCCGCCCAGACGGCCAACAUUGGUGCUGCCUUUUGGCUGCAGCAUUGGGCUGACCAGAACCGCGAGAAGGGCACCAACGAAAAGGUUGGCACCUACAUUGGGAUCUACUUUGCGAUUGGCAUUUCGUCUUCGGCCCUGACUGUCAUCCAAACCCUCGUGCUCUGGAUUUUCUGCUCUAUCGAAGCCUCGCGCAAGCUGCAUGAGCGCAUGGCCAAUGCCAUUUUCCGGUCUCCCAUGUCCUUUUUCGACACGACUCCCACGGGACGCAUCCUCAACCGCUUCUCCAGCGACAUUUACAAAGUGGAUGAGAUUCUGGCUCGCGUCUUCAACAUGCUGUUCAAUAAUGUGGCGCGAUCCGGCUUCACCAUCCUGGUUAUUUCAUACACGACACCCCCCUUCACUGCCUUUAUUGUUCCCUUGGGCCUGGCGUACUACUUUAUCCAGCGCUACUACCUCCGCACCUCGCGGGAGCUGAAGCGUCUUGACAGCGUCAGCCGCAGUCCCGUCUACGCCCAUUUCCAGGAGUCGCUCGGCGGCCUCACCACUAUCCGCGCGUACCGCCAGCAGGAGCGUUUCCGUCUCGAGAACGAGUGGCGUCUUGAUGCCAACCUGCGGGCUUACUUUCCCUCCAUCAGCGCCAAUCGAUGGCUCGCGGUGCGACUGGAAGUCAUGGGCGCUGUCGUCAUCCUGGCGGCUGCCGGCCUGGCCAUUAUUGCUGUCGCCGCCGGUUCUGGUCUCGGCGACGGCCCUAUUGGUUUGUCGCUGUCGCAGGCUCUGCAAAUCACCACCUCACUCAACUGGAUCGUCCGACAGACUGUCGAGGUUGAGACCAACAUUGUCUCGGUGGAGCGUGUGCUCGAGUACGCCGCGCUGCCCAGCGAGGCGCCUGAGGUGAUUGCCAACCAUCGUCCGCCGGUAGCCUGGCCGGCCAAGGGCGAAGUCGAGUUCAAAAACUACAGCACCCGCUACCGCGAGGGCCUGGACCUUGUGCUUAAGAAUAUCAAUCUCGACAUCAAGUCGCACGAGAAGAUUGGCGUGGUCGGGCGCACCGGCGCGGGCAAGUCGUCCCUCACGCUGGCGCUCUUCCGCCUGAUCGAGCCUGCGACUGGCCACAUUGGCAUUGACAACCUCAAUACGUCAUCCAUCGGUCUGCUGGAUGUCCGCCGCCGACUAGCCAUUAUCCCGCAAGAUGCCGCUCUAUUUGAGGGCACCGUGCGUGACAACCUGGAUCCGGGCCAUGUCCACGACGACACAGAGCUGUGGAGCGUUCUCGAUCACGCCCGACUCAAGGACCACGUUAAGACCAUGGAUGGCGGCCUUGAAGCCAAGAUUAUGGAAGGAGGUAAGACGUGCUUACUCUGCAUUCUCGACACGAUGUCUUUGAUUGGUUCCAACCUCUCGCAGGGACAGCGCCAGCUGGUGUCGCUGGCGCGGGCCAUGCUGACGCCAUCCAACAUUCUGGUGCUGGACGAGGCGACGGCCGCCGUGGACGUGGAGACGGACGCGAUGCUGCAGACGACGCUGCGGUCGCCGCUCUUUGCCCACCGCACCAUCAUCACCGUCGCGCACCGCCUCAACACGAUUGUCGACAGCGACCGCGUCAUUGUCCUCGACAAGGGCGAGGUGGUCGAGUUUGACACGCCCGCCGCGCUGUACAAGAAGCAGGGCCAGUUUUACAACCUCAUGAAGCAGGCCGGUCUAGAGGUGGAGUGA